CGCCAUACGCCUCCUCCCACCCACGCUCUAGCGACGCGUCUGGCGACCGCCUAAACUCACCUCUGACCGAUGCAGGUUCUCGACAGUCCCAUGUGCAGCUCGCAGCUCGCGCUACUGCAGGUGUUCUUCCUAAUGGUGCCCCCGGGCGUCCGGCCUCAGCCAUCUUUCUCCCCGUCUGGGGCAGUGCCCACUCCUUCAGACCUGGGGCCAGGGACGCAGGUCGGGACCCUUCAGUCAUUCUCCGAGGGCACUGAAACUCCCUGGGCAGUGCCUGGGAUCUCUACAGUGGGCCCUACUGUCGUGACCACCUCGGCGCCUGGGAAUAGGACCGUGGACCUUUUCCCAGUCUUACCGAUCUGUGUCUGUGACUUGACACCUGGUGCCUGCGAUAUUAAUUGCUGCUGCGACAGGGAUUGCUAUUUUCUCCAUCCGAGGACGGUUUUCUCCUUUUGCCUUCCAGGCAGCGUGAGGUCUUCGCAUUGGGUGUGUGUGGACAACUCUCUUAUCUUCAGGAGUAAUUCCCCAUUUCCUUCAAGGGUUUUCAUGGAUUCAAAUGGAAUUAGGCAGUUUUGUGUCCAUGUGAACAACUCAAAAUUAAACUAUUUCCAGAAGCUGCAAACGGUCGAUGCAACCAACUUCCAGGCCCUGGCUACAGAGUUUGGAGGUGAAUCAUUCACUUCAACAUUCCAAACCCAGUUGCCACCACCUUUUUACAGGGCUGGGGACCCCAUUCUGACAUACUUCCCCCAGUGGUCUGUAAUGGGUUUGCUAAGGCAGCCUUCAGGAGUCGGAGCUGGGGGACUCUGUGCUGAGAGCAAUCCUGCAGGUUUCUUGGAGAGUAAAAGUACAACCUGUGCUCGUUUCUUCAAGAAUCUGGCAGAUAGCUGUACCUUGGAUCCUGCCCUCGAUGCUGCCUCUUACUAUAACUUCACAGUCUUGAAGGUUCCAAGAGGUGUGAGUGAUCCACAGAAUACAAAGUUUCAGGUGCCUGUAACACUUGUCUCACAGGCUGGCUCUCCUCUCUUGGCUGGAAACACCUGUCAGAAUGUUGUUUCCCAGGUCAUCUAUGAGAUAGAGACUAAUGGGACUUUUGGAAUCCAGAAAGUCUCCGUCAGUUUUGGACAAACAAACCUGACUGUCAAGCCAGGCACUUCCUUACAGCAACACUUCAUCAUUCGCUACAGGGCUUCUCAACAGAGUGCAGCUGCUUCUGUUACUGGUCCUAGAAGUGGGAAUCCUGGCUAUAUUGUUGGGAAGCCACUCUUGGCUCUAACUGGUGAUAAAAGACACUCGAUGACCCUCUUACAGAGUCAGGGUGAUGGAACUUGCUCUGUUAAGAGACACGAAGUACAGUUUGGAGUGAAUGCAAUAUCUGGAUGCAAGCUCAGGCUAAAAAGGGUGGACUGCAGCCACUUGCAGCAGGAGAUUUAUCAUACUCUUCACGGAAGGCCCAGACCAGAGCACGUUGCCAUCUUUGGUAACGCUGACCCAGCCCAGAAGGGAGCAUGGACUAGGAUCCUCAGCAGCAACUGCAGUGUUUCAGCUAUGCGUUGUACUUCCUGCUGUGUCGUACCAGUUUCCCUGGAGAUCCAGAUAUUGUGGGCCUAUAUAGGCCUCCAGUCCAACCCACAAGCUCAUGUGUCAGGAGCCCGAUUCCUGUACCAAUGCCAGCCCAUACAGGAUACCCAACGUCAAACAGAAGUAUCUUUGACAACUGUUGUGACCUUUGUGGACAUUACCCAGAAGCCUGAGCCUCCAAGAGGCCAACCCAGGAUGGACUGGAAAUUGCCAUUCGACUUCUUCUUUCCCUUCAAAGUGGCAUUCAGCAGAGGAGCAGACUCUCAAAAAGGCUCAGUCUCUCCCAUUCUUAUCCUGUGUCUCUUACUACUUGGAGUUCUCAACCUAGAGACUAAGUGAAAAAAAGAGAAGAAUCAGAUUUCGGUUUUCCCUGUGGGAAGUUCUGAGGCAGCCUGCUUAUCUUGGCUAAACAGGUUCUCACCUGCUCAUGACCAGAGGAGAGCAUUUAGGAUAACAGAGGACCUAACUAAAGGAAUCUUGGUAUAUGAAAGAAGGGAUUUUAGGAAAGCAAUAAAAAUAUUUUAUUCAUCAUAGCUGUCUGCUUAGGACUCUGCAGACCACCAGGUACACACUAGAUUUUCUAUUUCUCAAACAGAAAACAAUGCAAAGAACCCUUCUUCUGGCCCUGCAGGUUGUGUUGUUUCUGACUAAAGGUUUGCAGGAUCUUCAUCCGUCCACUCACAGGCACACUUGGGCCCAGCAUUAAAAGGAACAUGCUACUAUGUGCCCAAGUGAACUCAGGAAUAGCUGCCCUCUGGACUUCAGAGAGAACAGACAGCUGGUGGCUGUAUAUUUUGUUUGGCUCCUCCCCACUCCCUCAGGUCACACUCUGCCCAGGCAUGGUGGGGGAAAAGUCCUUUCUUCUCAGUUUCAGUGGAAAUCCAGCCCCCUCUGCUACUAGCAAAUGACUCUGCCACUCAUUUCUGGUCCUCCCGUCCAUUGUGGUAAGGACAAGUAAAGCUGAUCGAGAGCUUUAUUGUAGUAAUUCCAGCAGCACAUAGAAGUUAACUGAUACGUGGUCUGCUGCAUGAGUGUUUUCUUAUAUAUGUGAAGGCUUUUAAAAAAGGAAAAAACUUCUAUACAUAGCACAACAGCAUUUAAAUCAAGCGACUUGAGUUCUUUUCCUGGGCGAUACACUCUGGAGACUUCAGUUGUAUGGCACUGACAUGAAUAGUGAAUGCAGCAGGAAAUCUGUUUUUCCAACAUAAGACAAUAGCGGCUUUAAAGGGCAAUGCAGGCAGGCAUGUUUGGGCCCUACCUGCAUGACCAACUCAGAGAAUCUGGCUUGCAGAGAAAACUACUUAAAAAGGUAAUUUCCUGUUAUUCUUGGGUGAAGAGGAAUUGGUUGGGAAUUAUUAUAGGCAACCUGGAAAGCAGGAAGCAUAAAAAGGUAUUGGCCAGAGCAAAAUCAUACUAUCCUUAAAAUUAAGGCAAAAUUUUGAUGGAAGGUGUGUCAUUUCUAAUUGUCUUAACUUUUAAUUCCUUUUAUAAAAAAGAACAGAAUGUAAAGAAUAGGAUAUAAUAGAAUAAUUAACUCUAGUGAAAAUAGAAUUGAGCACCUAUUCUGAAACACAGAAUUGUUAGGAUACAGCCCCUUGGUGAGCUGACAGUUUAGUGGGGGAAGACUGAUGUGUGACAUAGGAGACACUUCCGCUGAGAGAAACAGUGUGGCCUAGACUAGUAAGGCGCAAGCUUUGAGGAGGUGGUGGGAUUGGAGCUGAACAUGACAGGGUAGGACUGGGAGAGGAGGAGGUGACCCCAGGAGCCAAGAACAACCUGGGUGAAGGCUCAGAGGCCCCUGUUGAAGUGACUGUGGUAGAAACACUGAAUGGGCAAAAUAGGCACUAAGAUGGGAUAAGUAAGAUGGGCGCUCAGUAUAUGGGGGCUUGAAAGCCAGGCAGAGAGAACUGGGAGAUAGUCUAUUUUCUGACCAACUUCCACAACAUAUUAAUGAUCUGAAUUUAAAACUGCUUUUUAAUAAUAAAGCAUAUACUUCCCUGGUGGUAAAAAUUUUUUUAUUUAAAAAUUUAAAAACAAAUAAUAAAGCAUAUACUUAGUUAUAAUAAAUCCUGCUUCAUGAGCAGAAAAUACUAAUUGUAAAUGCUAUAUCUGAUGGGUUUAUCAUUUAGCUGCAUUCCAAAGUACCUCAAAGUAACCUACUUCCCCAGAAUAAAGUGACAAAGUUCCUGUAGCAUUUAUUACUAACCUAGGAGGAACUGUUUCUGUAUAAGGGAGAUUCUGCACACGGGGAGUUGGGAGCUGUGAAGCUGAUGGCCGGGUUCCCACCAAAGUCUGUUACAUAGAUGUUAUUUAAUUCAGCAACCUUACUCCAAGGAGACCUGUACUAAAACUGACCACAAAGCAAUUAGAAUAUUUAGGUUUUCCAGUUUGGGCUUCUUAAAAGGAACUAAACUUAAGUGACAACUCAUCCUAAAUUACAGGGUUGGAGACAUCUAAUCCACUCCCAACAGCCUAAGAGUCCUUUUCAGAGUCCAGUCCUUUUCCUCCUUUAUGUAAAUGCUUAUUCCUGUGCCCAAGUGCUAUGAAAUCAUUCUAUGCCUUAACAAAAAACUUAGAUUUCAACUACAAUUCACAUACCAUAAAAUUCACCCUUUUUAAGUGUACAGUUAAGUGGUUUUUAGUAUAUUUGGUGUUAUGUAGCCAUCACCAGUAAUUCCAGAUCAUUUUCAUCUCCCUAAAAAGAAACCCCCUGCUGAUAAGCAGUCACUUCCCAUUUACCCUUUCCCCCUAGUUUCCAGCAGUCACUAAUCUACUUUCUGUCUCUAUAGAUUUGCCGACUUUGAACAUAUCAUGUAAAUAGAAUCAUAAAACACUUCUGUGCCUGGCUUUUGCAUAAUAUUUUCAAGGUUCAUCCAUGUUGCAGCAUGGAUCAGAACUUCAUUCCUUUUAUGGCUGAAUAAUACUCCAUUAUAUCAAUAUGCCACAUUUGGGUUGUUCCUACUUUUUUGGUAAUUAUGACUAAUGCUGCUAUGAACAUUCAUGUAUAAGUGUUUGUAUGGAUUUUUGUUUUUAUUUAUCUCUAGUAUAUAACUAGGAGUGGAAUUGCUGGGCAGCAUGGUAACUCUGUGUUUAAUUUAUUGAGGAACUGCCAAAGUACUUUCCAAAGUGACUACGCCAUUUUACAAUCCCACUAGCAGUAUAUGGGGAUUCUUUUUCUUAAGCAUUUUUUAGUUUCUCUUUUGCUUUUUGUGCGAUUUGGGGGUGGAAAUUAAGUUUAUUUAUUUAUUUACUUAAUAUACACAGAGGUACUGGGGAUUGAACCCAGGACCUCAUGCAUACUAAGCACACAUUCUACCACUGAGCUAUACCCUCCCCUAAAAAUGGGAAUUUUUUUUCUUAAGCAUUUUUCAUUUUUAUAAUCAGAAAAUGAAACUAUUAAAAAAGAAAUUGUGCACCAGAAAAAACCUCCCUGUUUAUUGUAUGUAGAAAUGUUUCUUAUUUAUGAAUAACUUCCCAUUUCUAUUGAUGUAUUUGUUUGACAUUCUGGGCCAGCGUUUUAAAUCAGCAUUUCCUAAAGGCCAGUCACAUCAUAAUCUGGAGUGCUUUAUGAAAAUACUGAUUCCUGGUCCCUGCCCAUAGAUACUCUGAUUCACUGGUGGCAGAAGGGGCUCUAAGAAUCUGUGUCUUUUAAAAGCCUUCCUGGUGCUUCUGAUGUCAGCCUGGUCUGUGAAACUACCAAGUGAUGUUGCAUAGUGUGGCUGAAAUUGGUUUCAUUUAAGUGUUUGUCCUGUCAUUGCCGACUCAUGUAGUAUGUCUACCAGCCUGGCCUUUUCCCUGAGAAUCCCAUCACACAGAGCUCUGCUGAAGGGGCGAGCCCAGCCUCCAUGUUCUUGCCUGCAUGCCCUCCUCUCCCUGCCACCACUGACUAGACCAAAAAUGGAGUCCUAGACUAAGUAAGACCAGGAAGAUUUUCUCUCUGGGAAUCUGAAACUGGGACCAAGUUUAAAAGUCAGUCAGGAGUAGACACCAAAGAGAUUUUAGGGCUGAAUAAGCCAUUUUCCACCAGCUGUUCACUAAUGAAGAGUCUAACUUAAAAGAAGGGGAAAAAAAGGAGCAAAUGUGUGGAGAGCUGUCAAUAGGAAACCCAGAGAUGGAGAGUAGUCUUGGUUCCCAGCUUCAAAUUCCUUGUACCCACCUCCCAAUUCCUUGUACCCACCUCUUACGAGAUCUAAUUUUACCUCCCACUCUUAGAGACUAUGAGUUACUCCUUAUAGUAAAUUGCCUUGUUUAAAUAAGUUUCUGUCACUAACAAUUAAAGAAACUGAGACUAAGAUAGCUUUAACCUAGUACUCUAUGGUGUGUAAGGAAGCAGUCUUCAAUCCUGUAUCCUUAUAGUCCACUUCUAAAUAGUCCACUUCCUACGUGACUUUCUGUUCACAUCCAGCCCUAUUUCCAUUUGCUGAGACAAAAUUUAAAUCCCUCCAAUCAAAAAGGAAGCACUUAAAAAAUAACCACAUACAAGAAAGACACCAUGGCUGAAUUAUUUCCUUGAUUUCUGUGGAAAGGUAACUAGCUUAUAAUUCUGGUAUUCCAUUUUUCCCAAUCCAUAGUCACAUAUCCCACUCCUUUCUCCUUACUGGUGGAGUAGAAUAUUACUCGUGGAAUAGUAAUGAAAAUAAAAUAAUAGUAAUAAACAAAUAGAAAAUGUUUCAACAACGUUAAAGGAUAUUCAUAUUUGGUCUUCUUAACAACCGUAUAGGCAAGUAUAUGUAGAAUAUACACUAUAGAAUAUAGGCAAGUAUUGAAGAUAGAUAAAGACAGUGUUAUUAUCCCAUUUCUUAUAUGAGAAGACUAAGCCCUUGUUUGUUUUUAUCCUUAUUUUUUACUUGAGAAAACUAAGAAAUUAAAUUCAUUCAUCUAUCAAAUGUUUUUUGUCUAUUAUGUGCCAGGAAUAUGCUUCCCUGCUUUCAGGAGCUUAUAUUCUAGCAGGGAAGGCAGACAAACAAUUACCAUAUAUGGGUUAAGGACACAUUAAGAACAAAACAAGACUUCCUGAGUGGAGAAAGCCUCUGUCCCCAAUGGCUUUAGCUAUACCCACAGUUACCUAUUUUGUUGUAUGUUCAUGGUGAGAACCUCAAAAGCUCAAUUACCCCAUGAAACUACUGGAGGGCAGUUUUUGUAUCCCCUACUCUACUUUAAAUCCAAAGUCUCAAAACAACACAUGUUGGGAGGUUCUUGUUCUUCACCCAAAAGAAUUGCUCCCCUCAUCUCUUUGCUAACCCUGUAUUGCAGCACCACCGGGUUUGCAAGUAGCCCUCCUUGUCCCUCACCGCCCCACUUUCAAGUAGUGAGCUCUGUCCUUUAUGCUCCCAUGCCCCGCUGGAGCCUUUUCCCCAGCCAUUAUUUCUUACUUGAACCUCUGCAAUAGGCUAACCAAGCUCCCACCUUUUACCCCUCUUCACUGAUUUCAGACACACAAAUCUGAUCAUGCCAUUCCAGUACUUUGAAAGUUCGUGGUUACCCACACACCUACAGUCAAUUAAUCUUCAACAAAGGAGGCAAGAGUAUACAAUGGAGAAAAGACAGUCUCUUUGGCAAGUGGUAUUGGGAAAACUGGACAGCUGCAUGUAAAUCAAUGAAGUUAGAACACUCCCUCCCACUAUACACAAUAAACUGAAAGUGGCUUAAAAACUUAAAUAUAGGACAGGAUACCAUAAAUCUCCUAGAAGAGAACGUAGGCAAGACAUUCUUUGAUGUAAAUAGUGGCAAUGUUUUCCUAAGUCAGUCUCCCAAGGCAAUAGAAAUAAAAGCAAACAUAAACAAAUGGGACCUAAUCAAACUUAAAAGCUUUUGCACAGCAAAGGAAACCAUAAACAAAAAGAAAAGACAACAUACAAACUGGGAGAAAAUAUUUGCAAACAAUGAGACUGACAAGGGCUAAAUUUCCAGGAUAUACAAGCAGUUCAUACAACUUAAUAACAAAAAAAUGAACAACCCAAUAAAAAAAAUGGGCAAGACCUAUAUAGACAUUUCCCCAAAGAAGACAUACAGAUGACCAAUAGGCACAUGAAAAGAUGCUCAAUAUCACUAAUUCUCAGAGAAAUGCAAAUCAAAACUACAAUGAGGUACCACUUCACACCGGUCAGAAUGGUCAUCCUUAAAAAGUCCACAAACAGACAUAGAAUACAAACUUGUGGUUGCCAAGGGGGUGGAGGGUGGGAAGGGAUAGACGGGAUUUCAAAAUUGUAGAAUAGAUAAACAAGAUUAUACUGUAUAGCACAGGGAAAUAUACACAAGAUCUUAUGGUAGCUCACAGAGAAAAAAAUGUGACAAUGAAUAUAUAUAUAUAUGUUCAUGUAUAACUGAAAAAUUGUGCUCUACACUGGAAUUUGACACAACAUUGUAAAAUGAUUAUAAAUCAAUAAAAAAUGUUAAAAAAAAAAAAA